AUGGCCGCUGAGUUUGUGCUUACUUUUGCUGCCGAGAGAAUACUGACCAAAGUAGCUGCACUUGCCACUGAACAACUUUGUCUUGCUUGGGGAUUCAAAGGAGAACUGGCCAGGCUCGGAGAUUCAUUAUCCCUCAUGCAAAACAUCUUACGUGAUGCUGCUGAGCAACCAACAGAUCAGGGCCACGCCGUCAAAGCUUGGGUGAAGAAACUUAAAGACAUAGCACAAGAUGCUGAUGAUGUGCUGGAUGAAUUCCAGUAUGAAGUUCUUCGACGUAAACUGGAGCUGCAAAACCACAUGAAGAAAAAGGUACUCAACUUCUUUUCAGUCUCCAAUCCCAUUGCUUUUCGCCUUAAAAUGGCACGGAAAAUUAAGAACAUCAACCAACUUUUGGCGAAUCUCAAGAGUGACGCAUCUUUGAUUGGGCUGGUUGCAAAACAAAAAGAUGCAACCCCCCCAGCUAUGGUGAACAGAGAAACUGUCUCAAGCUUUGAUACAAAUGAGAAGUUUUUUGGAAGGGAGAAGUUGUUGUCCUAUAUAGUCAAGACCUUGACCAACUCCAACAAUCAGGAAAAUCUUUCCGUUAUGCCCAUUGUAGGAAUGCCGGGCCUCGGAAAAACAACCUUGGCUAAAAAAGUAUACAACGAGUUGGCUAUAGAUAAAUCAUUUGACGAAAGAAUAUGGGUGUGUGUAUCUGACCCUUUUGACGUCAAUUCGAUUUUAAGAAGGAUCUUAGAAGUACUUAACCCCACAAUUGCCAGGAUAGAAAGUCAAGAAGCAUUGCUUAAAAACCUUCAAGAAGCCUUGGCUGGAAAGAGAUAUAUUCUUGUACUCGAUGAUGUUUGGAACGAAGAUCGUACAAAAUGGAGCAAUUUGAUGAAUUGUUUGUCAAAACUUGGUUCCCAAAGAAGCACUGUGAUUGUCACCACCCGCAGUGCAAACGUUGCAUCAAUUACGGAAACAAAUCCUAAUCUUAGGUGUAAUUUGGAUACUCUAGAAGAAGAUGAAUGUUGGUCCAUAAUGAAGAAUAGAGCGUUUCCUAAUGAAAACGCUCCCAUAAGUGCAGAUCUGGAGACAAUAGGAAAGCAAAUGGCAAAAAAGUGCGCAGGUGUACCACUAGUGGCAAAGGUUUUGGGAGGCAUGCUGCGUUCUAAAAACAGUAUAGAUGAAUGGCGGUCAAUUCAAGAAAGUGAAAUAUGGGAAUUACCAGAAAGUGAUGAUAGAAUCAUGUCAGUUUUGAGGUUGAGUUUUGAUAAUUUGAAAUCAGCACCUUUAAAACAUUGUUUUGCAUAUUGCUCAAUAUUUAUGAAAGAUUUCGAAAUUGAAAAGGAGAGGUUGGUCCAACUCUGGAUGGCUGAAGGAUUGCUCCACUCUUCAAGUAAUCAAGAGAUGGAAGAUAUAGGGAAUGAAUAUUUUAAUAUUCUAUUGCAAAACUCCUUUUUUCAAGAUGUUACAAUGGAUAAAGAUGGAGUUGUUAUCACAUGCAAGAUGCACGAUCUUGUGCAUGAUCUUGCAGAACUAGUGUCAAAAUCUGUUGGGAAAUUGCAGCCCCUAUUUUCAAAUGGAGAAGACCUUAGAAAUAGCUUGUCAAGUUUUAAUUCUUUACGAGUGUUGAAUUUAUACGAUGCUGCAAUUGAGGAGUUGUCAAGUUCAAUUGGCAGGUUGAAAUACUUGAGGUAUUUGGAUGUUUCUAGAACACAAAUCAAAGAACUUCCAAAAUCUAUUGGCAAGCUUUACAAUCUGCAGACGUUAAGAAUGUAUACACGGCAUACACGGAAACUGGAAAGGUUUCCAAAGGAAAUGGAAAAUUUGAUCAAGUUGAGGCAUGUUUAUUUCGACCAUGAUCAGAAAGUUCCAUUUGGGAUGAGACGAUUGACUCGUCUGCAAACAUUACGUUACUUUAAUUUGGAUAAGGAAAAGAAUCAUGGAAUUGAUGAGCUGGGUGGCUUAAACCAAUUAAAAGGUGAACUAACUAUCUCAUCUUUGGAACAUGUGAAAGACAAAGACGAAGCGAAGAAAUCAAAUUUAGUAGGGAAAGCAAAUAUACGAAAGUUGACACUAAAGUGGGGGAAUUCCUGGCAGGGAAACAAUAAGGAGAGUGAUGUUGAUGUACUAGAAGGCCUCCAACCGAACCCUAAGCUAGAAAUCUUAAAGAUUGAAAACUUCAUGGGUGGUAAAUUAGCAUCAUGGAUGAUGAGUCUACUCAAUUUGAAAGAGAUCUGGUUAUCCGACUGCAGGGAAUGUGAAGAAGUCCCUCCACUCGGCAAUUUGAAAAAUCUUAGGCAUGUUAAAUUUGAACAUAUGAAUAAGCUUAAAUGUGUGGAAGUUGAGUUUUAUGGUGCGGCUUUGUUUCCAUCAUUGAAAACGUUAGUUUUUUAUAAUUGCCCAGCUCUAAUUGAAUGGAAGGAAGUGGAUGUGAUUACGCCAGCAGCGGUGUUUCCCGGCCUUGAGGAGUUGACUCUUUGGAAUUGCUGGCACUUGAGAAAUGCUCCAAGUCGUUUUCCAUCUCUCCAGAAGUUGAUCAUAUAUAAUACUGACCAGGUCAUGGCAAUGGAAAAUAUAUGCAGUCAACUAAUCACUCUCACUCACCUCGAAAUUCAUAAAGCCUUAGAGCUUACUCGUCUGCCAGUAGGGAUGCUGGAAAACAACCACAAUCUUCGGGUGCUGCAUAUUGACCAUUGCCAUAAGCUUAGCCAUUUACCUGAUGAGCUACACACACUCCAUCUUCUUGAGGGGUUAACACUAGAGAAUUGUCCUAGUCUAGAGUUCAUUCCAAUUGCCACCCAGAGCCAGGACAUGCCAUGUCUCCGCAAAUUGAAGAUUGAAAAUUGUGAGAAAUUAUCAAGCUGCUCGAGUGGGUUGGAAUAUUGCACCUCUCUUCAGGAAUUGCAUAUUGAAAAUUGUCAAAAUUUGAGGCAUUUACCGGUUGAUGGGCUACAGACCCUUGUCUCUCUUGAGGAGUUGACUCUAAAGAAUUGUCCUAGUCUAGAGUUCAUUCCAAUUACCACCCAGAGCCAGGGCAUGCCAUGUCUCCGCAUAGUGAAUAUUCUGAAUUGUGAGAAAUUAUCAAGCUGGCCGAGUGGGUUGGAAUAUUGCACCUCUCUUCAGGAUUUGCAUAUUGAAAAUUGUCAAAAUUUGAGGCAUUUACCGGUUGAUGGGCUACAGAACCCCGUCUCUCUUGAGGAGCUCUACAUAAGGAAUUGCACUAAUCUAGAAGCUAUUCCCAGUUUAGACAACCUCACAUCCCUCCAUACGUUGUCUAUUUGGGGUUGUGAUGGACUCACAAGUCUACCGAGGGGGCUACAAUCCUGCACAUCUCUUACAAUCCUGACAAUCGGGGAAUGCCAUAAUUUGAUCUCUCUGGCAGAUGUCGAUGAUAUAUCCAGAUUGCAGUCUCUUUACAAUUUACAAAUAUUUGAUUGUCGGAAAUUAAAAUAUUUGCCAACGGGGCUACGCUCUCUGACGAGUUUGGAAUAUACGACAAUCGGUAAGUUUUGGGAAGAGCUCGAUUCUUUCCCUGAUUUUGAGCUUCCAUCACAAAUUCGAUGGUUAAAGAUCUCAGGGUGGCCUAAGCUCAAGUCUCUGCCUCAACAAAUUCAACACUUGACUACUUGUUUAGAAGAUUUGAUUAUAGAUUCUUUCUACAGCAUGGAGGCUCUUCCAGAGUGGUUGGGUAACCUUACAUCUCUUAUCAACCUGCAUAUUUGGGACUGUAAGAAUCUGAUGCGUAUGCAACGCCUCACCAAAUUAGAAACGCUAUCGAUUAGUGGAUGUCCCAGUCUAGCGGAAAGAUGUGCCAAGGAGAGCGGCCCAGAAUGGCACAUGAUUUCUCACAUCCCAGAUAUAAGAGUUGACGGAGUUUGGCUGUAA